AUGUUGUCGCUCGUUUUGUCCUUCAUAUUUCCUCUUGUCAUUCUCUUUGUUUUUGUCCUACAUGCCAUUCAACAACUUUCCUUAUCUUCAUUAAAUUUUUAUCUUUCCUUAUUUUCUUCGAAGGUUUUUCUCUUCUACCCUCUCCUCCAUCUUUUGAUCUAUUUCGUUAAUUUCUUCUUUCGUCAUUAUUAUUAUUAUUAUGGCCAUUAUUUUCGCAUGAUGUUAUUUCUGAAUUUUCUUGUUCCUUCUUCUUACUACACGUUUGCUUCUCUUUCUUGUUCGUUUUCUUCUUGUCCUCAUUUUUUUCUUCAUGCUUUUCUACUUGUUCUUCGGUUCCUCUUCUCAUUGCUAUAUUCUUUUUACUUUUCUCAUUGUUAUUCUUCAUGUCUUUCUUUGUCAUUUGUUAUUUUCUAUUUUUUUUUUUACAUCUUUCAAUUCUCCCUUUUAUUAAUUUUAUCACACUUCUUCGAUGACUGUUAUUAUUAUUAUUAUGGUUAUCAAUUUUCUUUCUUUUUCCUUCUUUCUUUGGGUUCUUAUUUUAGCAUUUUUUCUCAUUCCCCACCUCUCAUUUUGCGUUUUCAUCCGUUAUUCUUUUCUUUUGAUUUUCUUUUCUGUUGGUUCAUUUUUCUUUUCUCUAUCUUCAUCUUUUCCAAUUCAUUCCUUCUAAUUUUCUUGUUGUCGCUACAAAUCUCUUCGUAUCUAUCUCAGUCCCCUCCUUUAUUCCAUUCCCGCAUCCCCCUGCUACUCCCACCAUCCACCACCAAUUUGCUAUAUAAACUAUAA